UGCAAAAACUGUUUCCAACAGUGCUUCAGAACAUACAGCGAUGCUGUGGCAGCCGCUAGACCUGAACGCUACUUGUCCCGCGCACACGCACCUGACAGCGUGCUCGUCGGUCGGCUUUCUCUACCUGCAGCUCCUGGUACAGCUGUUCGGAGACUCGGUCGACAGGAGGAUACAGGAGAGCCACGGGCGGGAGACACAGGACACGCGCCAUGAGGAAUACGACUUCAUUGUGGUGGGCGCCGGAAGCGCCGGCUGUGUCGUCGCCAACAGAUUGAGUGCUUACUCCAAUUGGAAGGUUCUUUUGUUAGAAGCAGGUCCUGAACAACCAGAUGUUACUCUGGUGCCCGCGCUGUCCACUGCUUUGUUAGGCUCCAACAUCGACUGGGCCUACAAGACCGAGCCCAACGGGAAGAGCUGUCUCGCCAGACCGGGGCAGCGAUGUGACUGGCCAAGGGGUAAAAUGAUGGGCGGAUCUAGUUCUAUAAACUCUUUGGCGUACAUAAGAGGUAACAAGCUGGACUAUGACGUGUGGGCCGCUAUGGGAAACGAAGGAUGGAGCUACAGAGAUGUACUUCCAUACUUCAAAAAAUCCGAAAAGAAUUUAAACAUGGAGUCUUUGAAUCGCAAAUACCACGGAGUGGACGGAGAGCAGUCUGUGUCGCGAUACCCGUACGUCGACGCGCCCUCCAUCAUGAUGACUGACGCCUUCAACGAGCGAGGUCUGCCGCUCACCGAUUACAACGGAGAGAACCAGCUCGGCACCAUGCAGUCGCAGGCGGUGGCGCAGGACGGCGAGCGAGUCUCCACCAACAACGCCUUCAUACAACCCAUCAGGUACAGACGGAAGAACCUCACAGUCAAAGUCAACAGUGAAGUCCUUAAAAUACUCAUAGACGAACACAAAAGAGCGUACGGCGUCGUGUACAAACAACACGGUAGAUUGUACACCGCUGUAGCGAGCAAGGAGGUGAUAGUGAGUGCGGGGUCACUGAACUCGCCCAAACUGCUGAUGCUGUCAGGAGUCGGGCCCAAAGAGCAUCUCCACGAGCUGAACAUAGACGUCAUCAGUGACUUGGCAGUCGGGGAGAACCUCCACGACCACGUCACGUUCAACGGAAUUAUAAUAGCUUUGCCAAACGAAACUGCAACAGCAGUGGACAAUCAUCAGCUCUUCCGCGAGGUAAAACAUUAUUACGAGAUGGAUGUAAAGCACGGACCGCUGUCGUCCAACGGUCCUGUCAACUCUAUCGGCUUUUAUAAGACCGAGCCUGAUCUGCCAGCCCCUGACGUACAGUACCAGGUGGACAGCGUCACUUGGAGGGAGUAUUUCAGAGAGCCAGUGCCCUACGAGGGAGUUACUAUAUUACCGACCUCCUUCUACGACGGUUUACUCCCAAGAACGAUGAAUUUGGUACCGAAAAGUAGGGGGAAACUGUUAUUAAAUGCAACUAAUCCUUACGGCGAUCCGUUGCUCUUCGCAAAUUACUUUGAUGAUCCUACAGACCUUAUACCUAUAGUAAAAGGGGUCAGAUUCUUACUUACGUUGGAGAACACUAAAGCUUUUAGAUCUAGGGGAGCGUAUUUCGUAAAGAAGCCUUUAGAAGCUUGCAGACAUUAUGAAUGGGGAACUGUUGAGUACAUUGUAUGUUUGGCGAGGGCUUAUACUACAACUACUUACCAUCCAGUGGGGACGUGCAAGAUGGGUCCACAGUGGGACAGGAAGGCGGUGGUGGAUCCGAGGCUGAGGGUGUACGGAGUGGCUGGUCUGAGGGUGAUCGACUCGUCCAUAAUGCCGGUGGUGCCGCGCGGGAACACCAACGCGCCCUCUAUAAUGAUUGGAGAGCGUGGCGUGGACCUCGUCAUAGAAGACUGGCUUAAACCGUAUCAUGAUUAAGGUGAUUCGUUAACAGAGUGCGCUGUAACACAAUUUUAUAAAGGAUAUCUUGCUUUAAUAAAUAAAAAGGUAAUAAAGAAUAAUAGCGACUCCAUUAAUAAGAAAUCAGCUUCGGAGGUGCUACUUUUGGUUUUCAUUAGCGUUGUCAGUACAAGAAAUUUGUUAAAAUUAAACAAACUUCAUAAGCCGCUACAAUCCGAAAAAGUAUUGAACUUUGAAAAAUAAACAUGAAACACGAAUUGGAAAGGAUAAAAUUU